GGGGGUGAAAAUUGGUGAACUGUUGGGGAGAUCAGGUGAGGGGCAAGUGGAUGAGAGGUGGGAGUGGUGGAAGGAGGUGUAGAAUGGGUCAAGGGGAGAGAAAAUCAAAGGGCAAGGGGCAAGCAGGGGAGGUGAAGAGUUGCAGAUGAGGCAGUAACUGUUAUAGUGGCUAAGGUAUUAGCUAUAGAUAAAUAAUUUGGAGCUAAAGUAAUAUAUUACAUAGGAUUACAUAUCACACAGAGCAAGGAAACAGACCAUUCAGCCCCAACCAGUCAAGCCAGUGGUUAUGCUCCACUUGUGCUUCAUCUCAUCUUUAGUCAUCUAAGUCUACAUCAUAACCCUCUAUCUCCUUCUUACUCAUAUGCUUGUCCAGCCUCCCCUUAAAAUUACAAUGGUACUGAGUUCCACAUUCUCACUAAAAAAAACAGAAAAUGCUGGAAACUCUCUGCGGGUCCAGCAGCAUCUGUGGAAAGAGGAACAGUGUCAACGUUUCAGGUCCAAAACAAAACCAGAAAAUUCUGGGGUGAUUCAGUAGGUCAGGCAGCAUCUGUGGAAAGAGAAAAAGAGUCAACAUUUCAUGCCAAGAAACAAAUACUGCCUGACCUGCUGAGUGUUUCCAACAUUUUAUGUUUCUGUUUCAGAUUGCAAUUUUAAAAAAUUUCAUCCAUUUUCUCACUAUUCUUUGGUGAAAACAAGUUUCUUUUGAAUUCCCUGUUGGAUUCUUGGUGACCAUCUUGUAUUGAUGGCUUCAAGUAAUGCUCCUCUCCACAUGUGGAAACGUUUUCUUUACAACCACUCUGUCAAAACAGUUCAUAACAAAGUACUCUUCAGACUUCUUAAGAAACAAAGACCCCAGUCUUUUUAUCCUUUCCUGAGAUGCAUCUGCUUUAGUUACUUAUGUCUUUGUAAAUCUCUGCACCCCCUCCUUUGUCUCUGUAUCCUCUUCUAUAACAUGGGGAGUGGAAUGAUAAAUUUGAUUUAAAGAGCUUGAUACAUGCUUAGCAUUUAUAGAGAGAUACAGAACGGAAACAGGCCUUUGGCCCAACAAAUCUACGCCAGCCAUCAAGCAUCUAUUUACACUAAUCCUACAUUAAUCCCAUUCUCCCUAAAUUCUAUCAACUUCCCAGUUUCUACCAUUCACCUACCCAUUAGUGGCAAUUUAUGUGGCCACUUAACCUACCGACCUGCACAUCUUUGGGAUGUGGGAAGAAACCGGAGCACCCAGAGGAAACCUCACAUGGUCACAGGGAGAACAUGCAAACUCCACACAGACAGCACCCGAGUUCAAGAUUGAACCCAGGUCUCUGGCGCUGAGGCAGCAGCUCGACUUCUUAAAUCUUACCCUCUAAAAAUACAUGUUUGUCUUUUUGAUUUCCUUGCCAAUCUGUGGCUCAACUUUGGGAAAUAAUAGCAGGGCAUUUAAAGAUCAUAGCACAAUCAAGCAGAAUCCACUGGGUUUUAUGAAAGGAACAUUUAAAAUUAACAAGGUAGCGGAAUGGAUUUCUCCUUUUCUGUUAACCAACUGCAAGCUUUGUCAAACCUACUGACACCGGCAGAACAAGAGGAAGAAGACCUGGAAGAACAGCCUGAAGGAGGAGCCAUUGUCCUUCAGCCUGGCCAGAUUGGACCACCAAAGCGAUCAAAUCCCACAGCAGAUUCUAGCACUGUUGAGCCUACAAAUGACAAAACAAUCUGGGCAGAGGACGAUGUACCUGAAGGGUCAGAGUUUGAAGACAUCUGGGAUACAAGACAACAGCCAGAGUAUGAAAUUCUGUUCAAACAGAGCGUUGGCACGGAGGAUGUGUUUCUAGGCAUGAGCAGAAAGGAUGGAUCUACAGCCUGUUGUGAAGACAUGGUGAGAAUCAGCAAAAAAAACUGCCUUCCAUGUGGUAAUCCUCUCAAGGCAUUUCAUGAGUGGUAUUUAACAAAAUUCGAUGUUAACAUCCUUAAGAAAAUGUGGCAGCAGGUGAUCAAAAGCUUGGUGAAGGAGAUAAAAAUCAAACUGCCAGACUGCAAACCAGCAGACCUCACUCUGGAUGUUAAAGAGCGAUUUCUGGGCCUUCGAUCGUCCGUCUACAAGCUGGGUUUACACCUUCCCCAUCCUGUGGACCACAAGAAUGGAAGGGCUCAGUUCCACUCUGACACUCACACACUGGAAGUUACCUUAACUAUGAAGAGAGAGUAUGACUUCAUUAACUUUGCUUGAGCAGAUAACUAGGAAAUAGAGAUUAUGGCAGAGUCAGAUCAAUGACUAAUACUUUAUAUACAAGAGCAAAUAUCACCCAGGAUUAUUGCCUAUUUUCAACUACUUUUAAAGAGGCAACGCUAUGUAAUUGCCCCAUUCAUAAAGAAAAGUGGGAUUGCACAAAAUAAUUUACCAAAAUUCUGUGCAACAAACCUAAACCUUCCUCCAGGAAACACACAGACAACAGGGAGUCGUAAAAGUAUUAUGAGAAUCUUUCUUGUGGAUUUUUCUCAUUAGUUUGAUCUGUUCUGAAGAUGUGAGAAAGACGUUCCAGAUUAAUUGUAAUCUCAUCUGUUUUUCAUAAUGUUCUGUGCAGAUUUGAAUUGUUAAAGCACAAAGCUUGCCCUGUUAACCCUGCCAAGCUACCCCACAGAGGAAAUGAUAAGCUGAUACAACAGGGGAAAUAGAGAAUCAGUGAUCUCUGCUCUAUCACAUACCCAAAGACAGAACAACACACUGAACAUCUCUCGCUUAUUGCCAUUCUCUGCCUUUCUUCUUUUUUUGUUCAAUAUAUAUCUCAAAGUUCCCCUUGUGCAUCUAAGCCAUUCAACUCAGGCCCUUCAUUUAACUGCAUUGCUGUGUUUGAUUAUUAAUUAAUAUUCCCUCUCUUGCACCAAUUCCAUUUUUUGUGCCUUCCCUUCUAUUCCCUCUGGAACUUUUAAUUGGUGUGGAGGCAACCUGUUCCCCAGAAUGUUGUGCUGUUUAUCAAUAAUCCAUUCCUUUUCAUCUCAAACAUCUUACAUUUUUUGAUCAGUUUUAAUGUCUUCUCUAUCCUAUUGGUAUUCUAUUGUAAACUGAGGAAGAGUAUUAAUUAAAUAUUUCUGAUACUACCUGUGAA